AUGGAUCCACGCAAAGCAAAAUCAAGCAAGUCCACUCGAGCACCUUUGGCGCCUGGAGCUCGGCGCUCACCGGAUGAGGAGUCGCUACCUUCCGCGCCUUCACCCGGAUGCCCUUCUCCGUCUCCAGGGAAAACACCGAGGCGACAAGAGAGGCGAGUUCUGGUGGCACGUGAGCCGCGUGAGCCACGCGAGCCGCGGGCAGUUCUUCGAAGGGCACCCGAAGAGAGGGCACGCUUGAAGCCAGCAAAUGCGCUCGUUUUACGGAGCAAUCAGGAGGUGGAAGGCCGCAAGAAGGAUGCAAAAGUUCAGCCAGAAAGCAAGGCAGACAAAUCCAAGAGGGACCGGGAGAAAGGCAGAAGCAGACGGCAAAAAGCCGAAGAGGAAGCCAAAGAGGCACCCCGCAAGAGAAAGGACGCCAAGCGGCCGGAAGAUGCUGCCAAGGAGAAGAAAGAAAAGAUGAGCCGGGGGCGAGGAGAGGAAGAGCAGAUGGAAUCAAGACCAAAAAAGCACAAGAAAAGCAAGACAGCGGAGCCAGAGCUGAUUGAGGAGCCUGAGGUGCCAGAGCCGCCCAAGAAGGAGAAGCAUGGCGAGAAGCAUAAAAUUAAGGCCGAGAAGUCCGAGAAGAAGGAGAAGAAGGAAGGCAAGCGAGACAAGGCAGAGGUUCAAGCCAUGCCAGAGCCCAAAGCAUCGAAAGAGCCCAAAGCAUCGAAAGAGCCCAAAGAUAGAAAGGGCAAAGAGGCCAAAGAGCCCAAAGAGAAGAAGACCCGGGACACCGAGCCGCCAGCAGCGACACGCCAGACAGCGGACGUGCCACAGGUCGACGCGAGCUUUUGGAGCAUGCAAGGACCAGCCGACAGGCGUGGGCAGGCCCAGCGAAUUGGAAGUGCCGUGAAGGAUCGAGACCGAAGGCGGCGGAAAGAGCUUCGCAGUCGGUCUCGCUCCAGACGCAGGAGGCGUGAGCGUCACGAACAACGCGAACCUGUUCUGCCACCAGAUGCUUGGCAAGUCUGGCCUGCGGGAUCCUACCACCCGUGGAGUGCUCAGCUGGCUGGCGCGCCCUUCGGCGUGUGGCCCGUCGCAGGAGCGCAGAUGGGCCAGGCGUGGGUUGGUGCGAAGAUGCUGCAGCAUGCUCCAGCUCAAGCCGCAUGCGAGGCAUCUGAGUCCUCAGAGGAGGAGGACGAGGAAGAGGAGGAAGAGGAGGAGCUUGAGGGGCGGGAGCUAGAGCCGGCACCUGCGCCUGCCGCACCCGAGCCAAUCGCCAUUGCCGAGACCGGCUCAACCACAGGCACGUCCGAGGGCGAGGAGAGUGAAACCGAGAGCCACGACGAAGAUGCCGAGAUCGGAGAGGCGCCGGUGGCUCGCCCUGCUGAGAAGGAGCCCAGUGAGGAACUCCAUGAUCUUGGCGAGGACAUGCAGCCGAAGGUUGUUCUCAAUUGGCGCCCGCCUGGGUCUCCAAAUCCUGCAGAGCCCCUGCAUCGAUCUGCAGAAAGGUGGCCAGGUCGGAGAGUGGGUUGGGCAGACCUGUACCCGCUGGACUUGGAUGCAGCAGUGCAGAUGAAGCUUCCAGUCCGACAGAUGCGGGAGGGUGGGGCUGGAUUGGUUGACCCCGAUGCCAGCGAGGUAGAGGAAGGCGAAAAUCCAUCAGAAGCACAAGGCAGAGGAGACGGCCCUGCCAAGCCGCUUCUCAUUCCACGCUGGGGCAGCACACGGUCCUGGUCGGGCCUUGCGGAGGUUGAGUUGGAGGAUCCAAACCGUUGGCAACAACGGCGGCUGUCCAGCUUGGUUUUGCGGGGCAGGAGAAAGGGGCGAUCUGCUGCAGGCGGCGCCGGCGUGGGCAACCCGCAGGAGCCCCCGCAGACCAAGACGACGGAGGGGAGCACCCUGCUGCUGUCCAUCGGUGCGGUGGCCCGCGCUGUGCGGCUGGUGCAAUGGCGAGCGCCGCCGCCACUCGAUCUCCCCGCAGAACUCCGCGUAGAUCCAGCCCUGUACAGAGGUGUCGAGCGUGGACUCCGCAUGAAGCGCCGCCCGAACAAGAAGGCGGCGGCCGUGAAGAGCAUGCCAAGCCCACCUUCGAAGGAUGGACAUGGAUACGCCGCCAAAAUUCGGGUUUUGACGCAGCAGUUGGAGGACGGCUCUGUGCCCGAACGCGAAGCGGUUGGGACAUUUUGGGCUGGCCUGUCCACCGAGGACCGCGCAUUGUUCAGUUCGGAGUUCCCGCAGUUCAUGCAUUUAGUCUACACAGGGGCAGCUCAAUCAAAAGCGAGCUCUAGCUUACCAGUGCCACCGCCUCCGCUUGCGGUGCCAGUCCUGCCGCUGCUGGGAGUGAUGCCGACACAGCUGGCGCUGGGAGUACCUGCCUGGCCGAAGGCUCCACCGAAGCUUGUCCCGGAGGCUGUGAAGCAGCAGGAGGCUGCUUGGGCUGACCGUUUGACAUUCCACGACGGCAUCCUCCGGGCCAACAUGAGCCAGCGCCUCGAGCCAACUUGUACGUUUCAAGUAUUGUUCGACGGUCCAGCUGCGUAUGCAAAAGGUUCGCUCCAGCUGAACGACGCGACACUGGCGUCGACCUUGGCCUUCAGCCCCGAAUGUGAAGCAUGGCAACCUGCCGCCAUGGAUGGGGACGAAGGGGUCUUUGAGGUGGAGGACCUCCUGGACUACAGGCAGGCGGAUGGCAAGGACUUGUACCUGGUGAAGUGGAAAGGCUACUCUGAGACAUCAUGGGAGCCAGACGAGAACAUAGGUUCGGAACUCACGGAACUCAAGCGGGCUGCUCAAGAGAAAGCUGGGCAGGGAGUCCGCGAAAAGAAGCGGAAGAAGAAGGAGGGAAAAGAUGACGAGAAGAAGAAGGACAAGAAGAAGGAGAAGAAGAAACGGAAAAGGGCAUCAAGCGACAAGCGCAGCUCUGACUCAGACGCGCCCAUGAUGCCACCCGGCAUGAUGCCGCCGGGCAUGAUGCCACCUGGCAUGAUGCCGCCUGGCAUGCCUUUCCCACCAAUGCCUAUGGAUGGCAAGGGGAAGGGCAUGCCGCACAUGAUGCCUGGCAAGGGAAUGCCGCCCAUGCCGCCCGGCAUGCCGCCUGGCAUGCCGUUUGGCAAAGGCAUGCCCCCACCGAUGCAUCCCCCCUUCCAUCACGGUCCCUGUGGCCCCUGCGGCCCCUGCGGCCCUCCGCCAUGGUUCGACCCCAAGGGGUUCGGGAAGGGAAUGCCCAUGAAGGGCUUUCCGGGCAAGGGCAUGUUCCGGCCAAUGUUCGGCCCCAACAGGGACGCAGCGGAAAUGCAGCGCUUCGCCUCAGACCGGAAGCACCACCUCAGGGACUUUGUAGGGGGCCUCCAUGAGUUUGUGGGCAAGGACCUUCAAAGAUUCUCCGGAGAGAAGCUGGUGAAGGCGAAGGAACUGGUGGAGGUGCUAAAGCUGAAGCUCGAGAAGAACCAGUUGCCGGUCUACCCGCCGAUGGAGAUCUUGCUGUCAGAUGCGCUGUGCAUGAUGUGGCUGUUGGAUGCGUCCAGUGAUGACCACGAGCUGCUCUUGCAGCUUUGCCGCCUCGCCCGGCGCAGCGGAGAGCAAGCGCGGCAUGUCUUCGCGGAGGCCAUGCGCUCGGUGUGGCCCAAGAAGAAUGUCCACUCGAGCCGCCAUGCUGCGGCGCUCUUCGCCAGCCUCGGCGUUAAGGAGCUGAAGUCCAAGUCCGCCGUGCUGCCCGAGGCAGGCCCGGAGCACUGGCGAGAGCUCAUCGUCCAGCUCUACAAGGACCACAACCCCUCGAAGCUUGGAGACAUCGACGCGCUCAUGGGCAAGUACAAGGGCCGUGAGAGGACGCUGUACCUCUGCAUUUGCGAGAAGUACAGAGUAUCUCCGGAGCAAUCCAAGGCUCCCGCAGCGUCAGGCCUUUCAGUUGAUGAGAAGAAGGUGAAGAAGUACCGGGAGCUCAUCACCGAGAUCUACAAGGAGCACAAUCCUUCCAAGCUUGCAGAUUUAGACAGCCUCCUACAGAAGUACAAGGGCAGGGAGGAGCUUGUGUACAAGGGCAUUUGUGAGAAGUACCACAUUGAGCCGAAGGCAUCGAAGAAGGAGGAAGCCAAAUCCACCUUCGAGAAGUACAAGCAGCUCAUUGCAGAAAUCUACGAGGAGCACAACAAAGACAAGUUGGGCGAGCUGGAUGAUUUGCUCGGAAAGUACAAGGGGAAGGAGAAGACGCUGUACCUGGCCGUGUGCCACAAGUACAACAUUGAGCCCAAGCUGCCCACUGCCAAGAAGAAGGAAAAGAAAGGAGACGGAGAUGAGCCCAAGCCAGAGAAGGAGAACCAGGACAAGAAGGACGAGGCAGCAGAAAAUGCGGCUUUUCCCCCAGAGGCCAUGGAGAGACUUUCUGGCAUGUUGAGGCGUUUGUUGGAUGUUGUCGUGCUUCACUCUGCCGGCUUUGACCAGAAGGAAGGUAGGAGGCUGCAUGCUUGGGAAGACAACUGCCCUCGCAAAGCUCCGUGUACUCUGAGCUACCGUUUUGAGUUGCAAGGCUUGACGUCUUCACAGACUCAGAUGCUGACUCGGCAGCUUUCCGGACCUGAUGGCAACCGGUGGCAGAAGCUGGUAAAGCUGUGCGACGGCGCAGAAGUGAAAGGACCUCCCACAAAUUGCGAUGACGCCCUGACCAUUGCUGCAGAUGGAUCUGAUGGGUCUGGUGGCCGCAAACAGUUUGAUGGCGCUGUGGUGCAUGUGGCAGAUGCAUUGGGGCGGGCAGUCCGCGGCUGCAUGGAGGACAUGGAUUCUGACAAUGAGGGUGCACGAGACCGCUGGUACUUGCCGUGGAGUUGCGAGGAGAAUGCCUACAUUUUGCAGUCCGAUGAGAAUGUGAAGAAGGAGGUUGGAGUUGAGUACCGCCGGGGGUGCUGGACGCCUCGCAGACAUGUGCCAAUGCAUUCGCAUUCUGCGCACCACAGCCUGUGCGGGCCAGAUAUCAGCAGAUUGCCGGACUUCUGGCGCGAGUUGGCAGACAAGCUCUGGCUCGGGGUUUUGACCCUCAACUGGGGGAGUGAUGUGCCCCUGGAGACGGUGGUGGUGAUUCAGACCACGGGUGGCCACGAAGCUGUGGGCGCCGUGUCCGCCCGGGCUCCCAGUGCCUCGGUGGUCGUGACGGCGCCCAGCGCUGAGGACCUGGAGACGGCAAACCGGAAGCUCGGGCCGCUGCUGUCCAAGGCGCUGACCGCCAUGCGCGCCAACGCGGCCUUCGCCAUGCACGUGCUGUCCAUGCCCCAGUCGAAAGCCAAAGAAACCGCGCUGUACCCCGGCAUGGUGCUCGCAGCCCGCAAGGGCAUCGAGGGCCGAGACCCCGUGACCUCGGACUCCGAAGCGCCGGAUGAGGACCUCCCGGAUGCUGACAUCCUCUCGGAUGCUGAGCCGACCGACAUGUCCAGGCCACUGCGGAUGAGCAGAAUGAAGGUGCGCGAGUCCUACCUUCAGGGCAUGUUGUGCUUGAAUUGCGAUGCUGCAGACCACAAGAAUCAAGAAUGCCCCUUCCGAAAGAAGGUUUGCUGGAACUGUCAUGGCAAUCAUGCCGGCAAUGACUGCCCCCUGCGCUGCCGCUUCUGUGGAGACCGGCAUGAUCAUCCUAUCCUGGAAUGCGUCAAAAAAGUCUGCCGCCGCGUCAGCGACUGGAAAAAGUCCAAGUCAUUCCAAGAGCAGCGCAGCGUGCUGGCAAUGUUGGAGCAGCUGAUGAUCAAGUUGGAGGGUUUUGCGGACAUCGAUUUGGCCAAGCACAACAAGGAGGUUCAGGACUUGGUGAAGCAGCUGAACGAGCAUGCCACCCUUUUCCCAGUGGAAAUCCAGGAUGUCGCGCUGUCAAUUUUGGACAUGAAGGCGCCAACAAAGCAGCCCACUGAGCUCCCAGUGCCACCGCCUCCAUCGACUCCAGCUCCGAAGCCCUAUGUCGCCCCCAAGCUUCCCAAGGACCCGCCCCCGCCCUUGCCCGAGAACAAGUACCCAUGGCAGGAGAAGAUCUUUUUGGACAGCAUCCUCCCCCCGGGCUUGUACGGGUCCAACGUUCUUAGCCGGGUGAUCGGCAGAGGAGGAAUGCACCACAGGCGCAUGGAGAGUGAGAGCGGCGCCCGCGUUUUCUUCCGCGGGCUGGGCGUCAGUGGCAGGGACAUGGAGCUGGUCGAUCCCACAGACUGCCGGCUUCACAUCGCCGUGAAGGGCGAGGUCCCGCAGCAGGGCAAAUCAGUGAGAAGGAUCAUCAAAGAGAUCGUGGCGGAGCUAGACAGCGAACUCGCUGAGAGAGGUGAUGCCGGCCCAGCCUUAGAUAAUCCUCGGAUGCCGGAUGCACAUCCCUUCGGCUUCAUGUUGCCCAGGGAGACAGGUCCAGAAGGCGGUGAGCCGUUGAAGUUCCGCUUCCCAGAGGAAGAUGGCCAGACCUUGAACGAUAUGCUGCUCUGGCUCAAGCAGGCGAAACUUCCCAUCGAGCUGGACAGCGACACGCAGUGGCGCACCACGCUGCAGGUCACGCCCGCUGAGCCGCCUCUUCCAGAUGAUGCCCCAGAGCAAGCUGAAAUUGUAGCGGCAGGCUUCACGAAGAUGAUCCAGUCCUGGAACCAUCCCAGCCCCUACUGGUUCGAGGAGCACGACUUGAGACCCACAGGUAUGUGGGCGACAUUGACCGCUGAUGGUCCAAUCGCACUGCAGCAAGGCCAAGGGGUAUGCCUCAGCAAGACAGCCGUCGAGCAUUUUGCCACGCUGCUGGUGAAAGCGCAGCUGACCCCUUUGCCGACUUUGCCAAAGGCCACAAUUGUGGAGGUACUCUCCAGGCUGAGGGGCGUGGUGCGGAGGCAAGUGGAGGAUGAGCAGCUCCUGCUGUAUUUGCUCUACCCCUGGGCAUGGUUUUCUGAGUCCAUGGGCCGUGGCUUGAAGCUGCCCUACGGCCGGGAGAAAGUCCAUGCAAUGCUUUCAGACAUGGGCCGAAUGGGGGGUAGGCCGACCGAGUCACAAGUGGCCCCGCCUUUUCGCGGCUUCUUUGUGGAGUGGCUGCCGCUCAAGGCAGGCACUGCCAGACCUGCCAUGCCUGCCAUGCCCUUGCCGGCCAUGGACUUGCCCGUGACUGAGACGCCCAUCACACCGGAGCCGAACAAAGCAGCGCCUGUGUCCAGUGCUCCCCGUGGCUUCUGCAAGUACUUCCUGCCGGAGGCAGCCUUCAAUUCGCGCCAAGACUUGCGGGAACUCAUCACGGGACCGGGCGGCACACACUUUGCCCAUGUCUUGAGAAAGUAUCCCACGGUGGAUCUCCGCAUUGAAGGCCAGUCCUCUUUGUCUGUGCCUCCCGCGCACCGGCUGCACGUGUCCAUGAGCAGCGAGGAUUCUGAAGUCUUUGAGAGUGCCUCAGCUGACGUGCUGGACCUGGUGGAGACCGUGUGUGACAUGAUUGGCGAGGAGCUGCAGAUGGGCGAGGAGCAGCUGGAUGGCUUCAUCUCGCAGAUUCGCACGGAGAAGUACUUCGAAGCCCAUGGCAUCCGGACGGCGUUGCCGGCACGGGCGCCGGAAGCCGAGUUCGAGUUUGUGGAUGAUGAGAUGGCGGAAGUGGAGGGUGAGAACGACGAUGACGCAGACACUGAAGAUGAUGAUGCCAGAACCGAAGCAUCGGAUGCUGGUCUUCGGCAGUUGGUCGACCUGCUGCGAAGCUGUGAUGUGCAUGUGAAGAUACUGAACUUGGACGCGAACCAGCUGACCGAAGCGUCUCUUGUUACGAUCUCGGAUCUCAUCACGGAGUCACGGCUGCCAAUUUCAGCUGUCCGAAUGGAAAACAACCGGGUGCAGGGCUCAUACGGCUUAAUGCACUUAGCACGAGCCCUGAAUGUCAACGCACAGUACCCCAUGUUUCUGUCGGAGACGCAGCGUUACACUCCGUUGAUGCUUCACCUGGCCGGGAACUUGAUCCAGCGCCCCAUGCAAGUCACGCAGUUGGUGAAGGAAGCCUUCGACAACAAGUUCCCGUCCCUUUCAGAGGAGCGGCAGUUCUGGGAGGCAAAGCUGCAUUGCCCUCCACUUCAACUGCCGUCCUUUGAGAAGCAGGAGACAUCGUGGCAGUGA